ACUUGUAAACAAUCGUGCAGAACUUUUCAAGAUGGUCUGUGAAGUCAAUGAAACUGAUGUAAAGAUAGGCAUACCUGCUGUCAUGCUCCCACAAGAUGCUGGCACAAGCUUGGAAAAAAGUAUAAUGAACAACUUAAGUGUUACAGUGCAGCUAUACUCUCCAAAGCGCCCACCAGUCGACAUAGCUGAAGUGUUUCUGUGGCUUAUGGCUGUUGGUACUAUCUUAUGUGCUUCUUAUUGGUCUGCAUGGAGUGCCAAAGAAGCAGCCAUUGAGCAAGACAAACUCCUAAAGGAUGCUUCGGAUGAAGUUUUAAGCACGGAGGCCACUGGUUCUAGCGGUGUGGUCGACAUCAGCACAACUUCAGCAAUCCUCUUUGUUGUGAUUGCUUCGUGUUUCUUGGUCAUGCUUUACAAACUAAUGUCACUCUGGUUUAUUGAGAUCCUGGUUGUUCUGUUUGCCAUUGGAGGGGCAGAGGGUUUACAAACCUGUUUGGUGGCCUUGUUAUCAAGUUUCAGAUGGUUUGAGCAUGCUGCAGAAUCAUUUGUUAAAGUACCCUUCCUUGGAGCUGUCUCAUAUCUGACGUUAGCUGUCUCUCCAUUCUGCAUAGCAUUUGCUGUUGUUUGGGCAGUUCUUCGCCGUGACUCCUGUGCUUGGAUAGGACAAGAUAUCCUUGGUAUUGCUUUGAUAAUCACAGUUCUCCAGAUUAUACGUGUUCCUAACCUGAAGGUCGGAACAGUUCUUCUCAGUUGUGCUUUCUUGUAUGACAUCUUUUGGGUGUUUGUUUCUAAAUGGUGGUUCCAUGAGAGUGUGAUGAUUGUGGUUGCUCGUGGUGAUAAGAGUGGAGAAGAUGGCAUACCAAUGCUGCUAAAGAUCCCACGGAUGUUUGAUCCGUGGGGUGGCUACAGCAUCAUUGGAUUCGGUGACAUUAUCUUGCCAGGACUGCUUGUAGCAUUUUCACUAAGGUAUGAUUGGCUGUCAAAGAAGAAUCUUCGGGCUGGAUAUUUCUUAUGGGCAAUGAUUGCUUAUGGGUUAGGUCUUCUCAUCACAUAUGUGGCUCUGAACUUAAUGGAUGGACAUGGCCAACCAGCUCUACUUUACAUUGUUCCUUUCACUCUAGGUACCUUUGUGACAUUGGGAAGAAAGAGAGGAGAUCUGAAGAAUCUGUGGACAAGAGGAGAACCGCAAAGACCUUGUCCUCACAUCCAACUACAAUCCUCCCAAUAAUUAAACACUCCACCAACAACAACCACUUGUAUAACACCCCAUCUCUCUCUGUUUCUCUCUCUCUCAGUGGUUGAAAUUAUAUAAUGUUGUAGCUAUUUUAGUUCAAUACCCUUUUUCUGUUAGGGUCAGAAGAAGUGAAAGCAAAAGCAAUAUAUUUAUAUACCUUCAUAUCUAUGCAAUAUAGGCUUGUUUAGCAGACCUUUCCCUUCUCAAUUAGUUAGGGCUGUAGCAGUCUCCUUUGAAGAAACCAACCAGAAUAAUGCUAUAUGUACCAAUUAGUAUACUAACUAGUGUACUAAUUGAUGAUAUGGUAUAAUUUAAGUUGUUUUUGGGAUUUGUAAUGUAAUUAAUGAGUGGGGUCAAUAAUAAUGUCAUAAUUAGUGUUGGCAUACUAGUUAGUACACCAAUUGGUGCAUGUAGCACUACUGAACCAACCAUGUCUGGAUUUUCUGUGUGCAGUAUAUAUAUACACAACAAUCCAUCAGCAGGGUGCUGGGAUAGAGCAUUGGCAUAGAUUUCUGUUUUGUUUUGCUCUGCUUUUACUUCCUGAGAAUGUGACUUUUAGGCUCUGUUAUUUCAAGUAAUAUUCAAAAUA